AUGUUACCGACUACCUCGAGUCCCAUUGUCUCAAUUAUCGAAGUUACCACCUUUGACGACAUAUUAGUUUAUCUAGGCGAGUUUGGGACUUAUCAGAAAAUUCUCUUCACGAUGCUGAUGUUCUUCAGCUGCUUCCUGGUCUUCGUUUACUUUGUUCAACUGUUCAUCACAGUGGUGCCUACGGAGUACUGGUGCAAGCUCCCGCAUGUCGAGGAAAUAAGCUCGGAUAGGCUGAAGAAACUGUUGAUACCCAGCUCCAAAGUAGUGCCUUACGAAGGACAUCAGUUGCCUUAUUCGAGGUGUUGGAUCUACGACGUGCCCGUCGACAAAAUCAUCCUGGCCGAUCAACCUGGCGAGGAUUGGCCCAUGAGAAAGUGCGACGAAUGGGAAUUUAAGUUCAGUCGCACCGAUGUCCCUUACGCCUCCAUAGCGACGGAGCAGGGAUGGGUGUGCGACGCAGCCUAUAAGACAACAUUGGCUGUGAGUAUCUUCUUCAUCGGCUCCAUUUGCGGCGGCUUCAUCUUUGGCUGGUUGUCCGACAAACACGGUCGCAUCCCGGUGCUAAUCGGUACGAAUAUGAUUGGAUUCAUCGGCGGCGUCAGCACGAUAUACGCCAGCUCCUUUUGGCAGUUCUGCCUUUGCAGAUUCAUCGUCGGCAUCGCCUACGACAACGUGUUCGUGGUCGCUUAUAUCCUCGUGUUGGAGUACGUCGGGCCUAAAUGGCGGACGUUCGCGGCGAAUAUGUCGUACGGGAUAUUUUACUCCUUGGCGGCAAUGUGCCUGCCUUGGAUUGCUCAUAGCAUUUCAGACUGGAGGACCUUCGCUUUGGUGACCUCGGUGCCGUUAGCGUCCGUGAUCGUCACGCCGUUUAUUAUCCCGGAAAGCGUCAGGUGGCUCAUCAGCAAGGGCAAAAUCGAGAAGGCGGUGAGAAUUAUGAUGAAGAUCGAGAAGAUCAAUCGCACAAACAUACCGCGAGAUAUUUACGAGAAUUUCCUGGACGAUUGUGUAGAAACCGCCGAGACCUUGGCCGUGGAGGACUACAGCAUCGCUGCGCUCUUCAGGACCAAAAGAUUGCGAAGAAUGACUCUUCUGCUGAUGAUAUCCUGGAGCGUGAUUUCAAUGGCUUACGACGGCCACAUUAGGUGCCUGGACAGCCUAGGUAUGGACGUCUUCACGACGUUCACCAUCGCCUCUUCCACGGAAUUCCCGGCGGAACUUCUGAUAAUCUUCUUCCUCGACGUCUGCGGCCGAAGAUGGAGCCUGUUCGUCGCCGUGACCCUUUCGGGCGUCUUCAGCUUCGUCACCGCCAGCGUGCCGCUCGGUGUCGCUUACGCUUCGCUGGCCAUGGUCAGUCGAUUCUUCAUCAACGUCGCAUCCAACAUCGGCCUGCAGUUCGCGGCGGAGUUGUUGCCGACGGUUGUGCGGUGCGAGGGUGUGGCGUUCAUCCACAUCAUGGGCCACGUGGCCGCCAUCGUGAGUCCCUUCGUGGCCUUCUCCAGCAAGAUACAGUACAAUCUACCCAUGAUCAUCUUGGGGAUAGCGUGCGUUUUCGCCGGUUUUCUCUGCUUGUUCCUGCCGGAGACGCUGAAGGAAGAGCUGCCGCAAAACUUGCUGGACGGUGAGCUCUUCGGGAUCGAUCAGACAUUCUGGGAAAUCCCGUUCAUGAGGAAACGGCGGCCCUCGGAGCCCAAAGGGCACUACUUGCAUGCCAAGCGACCGGUCUCUCGACCUGCCCUGCUAAGGAGCAGCAUGCUAUCCGGUCAUUUGGGCAACCUGAGGAGACAUCAGGCCGUCCGUGCUAGAGCGGAACAGAUCAGAAGGAGCGCCCUGAGCACGGUCACUUCUCCCAUAGAAUACGUCGAUUUGCUCAGAAGGAGGUACGAAGAGAUGCGCAAUCGGGUGGCCGCGGCCAAAGAAAAGAAACGUAGCAAGUUAGAAAGCGAGGUGAAGUCCGCCACAUCGCAGAGGGAAGUAGAGAACAAAGACACAACGGACUCGGAGAAAGAAGAGACGUCGAAGAGCACAGAGGACGGACGUUGA